AAUCAUUUCAUUUCUAGAAUUAAAACAAAUUUAUCCGUUGGGUGCCUCUUCACAGAUUUAUGAAAGGUUCCCAGAGCUUGAUCGCAUUUAACACGUACUUCACAAAACUCCCAAUCUUAACUCUAAAAAUUCCAUGAUAUUUUCAAUGCUGUCUAGGCGAUUUUUUUGCUCUGGUUUUCUGCAGGAAAGAGGUUUGUGCACAACCAAAAGAUGGGGAGUGAAGCAGGUCACGAGAUCUAAUCUAGGGCCUGCCGUUGAACAGCUGAAAGACCAAGUUCAAAAUGCAGAUUUUAUUGCCGUUUCUGUGCAAUGCACGGGCUCUCAUGCCACCCCUUGGCGCAGGAUAUUAGAGUUCGACAACUGUGAGAGCUCUUAUCAUAAGGCAAAAGACAGUGCUGAGAGGUUUCAGCUGCUGCAUUUUACUGUAUGCCCGUUCAAGUGGUCAGGUGAUUCCAAGGUUAUCGCAUUUCCGUAUAAUUUUCAUUUGUUUCCACGUGAUGAGCUAAGGGUUGGGAUGCCUUCUUACAGUUUUUUGUGCCAAAUAUCAUUAAUAAGUUCUAUGGCCCAAAAAGGUUUUGAUUUCAAUUCCUGUGUAUAUGAAGGCAUUUCAUAUUUAUCAAGGGCACAAGAAGCUUCUUUAAUGCAGCAGUAUGGGAGUACAAGGAUGUUUGGAGCUUAUCCUGCCUCAUCAUUUCAAAAUAAGUCAACUGCUGAUAUUAAUUUUAUGGAAAGGAUUAGAUUUCAGAUGCAGCAUUGGAUACAUGCUUGUUCAGCCUCAAGCAAUGCAUCUGAAGGCAGAGUGGUAUCUUCUAUUGAGACAAUAGCUCUGAACAAUGAAAUCUUUGGCACAAGACCUUGUUUGAGAAUUGAUGCUACCAGCAAUCACCAAGUGCAGUUGAUUCUAGAGGUGUUGAGAGACUUUACUGAAAAUCUUGUUCCACUGAGUAGCUCCAAUGGAGUUGGUACAGAAAAAGAGUUGAAAGUGGUUUUUACAUGUUCUGAAGAGGACAAACAUCAUCUUCUGAGUGAACUACAACAUCAAGCAGAACACCAGGGGAUUCGGGAUGUUAUAAACACUAUUAUCAACUCAAGAAAAACCAUUGUUGGCUACAACUGUCUAACUGAUUUGGCUAUUAUUUAUUCAAACUUUAUCGCACCCUUGCCAGCUACUGUGAAGGAAUUUUUAUAUUCUCUCCAUGGCAUCUUUCCCCACUUGCUAGAUGUCAGUCACCUGUUGAAAGAAGCUUAUUCCAAGGAGAUAUCUCCUACGAAGAAAGCAAAAAACUUACAAGCAGCUCUUUUGCACUUGAACAAGCAGUUCUUUCUGCCUAUGAAUCUGGAAGUUCCCCUUGAAUUUAAGUGUUAUGGUUACAGGGGGCCUGAAAGUCAUGGAUAUACUGCCCUAAGGUUAACUUAUUUGUUUGCUAAAGUUUGCCGACUUUUGAAAAUCAAUUCAUCAAACGGGACAACUGAUGGAUGGUUAGAGGCCUUGGUAGACUAUGCUGGUAUUCUUUACCGUAGUGGCACAUGUCUAAAUAAAUCAAAAAAUGAAGGGGAAGUUGUUAAACUAAUGGGGGAUUCUUCUUAUUUAAAAACUUCAAAUAUAAUUUUUAUUUGGGGGUUUAAGAUUGGAUCUUCAUCUAGGAUUCUCUUGGAAAUGUUGUGCAACAUACACAAAGUGUGUGAAAAAGGUGUUAAAGUGCAGCUAGUUGACGAAAGCUGUGCAUAUGUUAGGUUCAAGAAAUCACGGUAUGCAGAGAUUUUUCUUCAAGAUGUACAAUCUGGAACUAACAUUUCGGGGUUUGCAAAAUCUAAGCCUCUAGAAGAAAUAACUAAAAUGGGACUCAAAGCUGUAAGGUAUGAUGUGUAUGAGAAACUUUGUAAAUCGUCCAUAUGGAAAAGUAACUUAGCAGAUUCAUUUAAGCUUUUUAUGUCUGAAUCUGAUGAUUAUAUGGCUCACAAUUUUACUAUGGAUAUACCGUCACGAAAAAAUAGUUCCUUCAUCAUUGAGUUAGAGGAUCUUUAGGUUUGAGGUAUGGCACAUUCACUUAAAUGAAAGAAUGCAGUCGUGUUGCACAUUAACAAAGAAUAAUCCAGCAAUUUUUCUCCCAGAAUUGUUAAAAAGAGGCAUUGACAGCAGUGGAUGAUGGAUGAUACCAUAGGUCCGAAGCUGGAUUAUUUGUGGUAAAGUGGAUCAUAGUGAUGUCAUUGAGAUGCCAUGAGUCAGAGGUUGGAUAAUUUUGGGGUACAAUGCCUUCUAUGAGCGCUCAGCAACAGGACUUUAGUGAAAUCCAAUUGAAUUGAACAUGCUUCAAAUGCUCCCCUUGAGAAAACAUAGGAAGGGGGUGAAAAUUUACUUUAGUUUCAAGAAGUACAUAUGCUGCAUUACAAUGAAUUGAAAGCUACCCAUCUUCAUGAAGAGGAUAACUAUCUUUCUUAGUCUAUUUUAAGUUGUCCUACGGAAUUUCUAUAGGGAAGGUACAAAAUAUAACUAGCACCUGCAUUGGAAGGAGGUGCAAUGGUUGUGUCAAUAGAAAAUUAUUUGUAAGCUUAACAUGCUGGAUAGUAUAAUUUGAUGUGCUUAGAAAAUACAUUAGUUUAAUUUACCAUCUUUUGUGUAUACAAUUUUGAAAUACAACUUUGAUAUACUUACAAUAAUGACUAUGACAUUUGAAA